AUGGCUGUUUGUGCUGAUAUUAUUGAAAUUAUAAUUGCUGUGAUUUUACCACCUUUAGGUGUUUUCUUUAAAGUUGGAUGUUCAGGUGCUUUCUUCCUUAAUAUCAUUUUAACGAUUUUAGGUUAUAUUCCAGGUAUAAUUCAUGCUUUAUAUAUCAUUUUAACGAGAUAA